AUGACUCAAGUUGUAUUUACUUUAGAACUCAUGAAGCCAUGGUAUUCAAUUCAACUCCCAUGCGAGCCGAACUGUGAAAUUUGUUCAUGGGAAUCUUAUCGUAGAAUGUUGGUGGACAAAUGUAUGGAAGAAUAUAUAGAAGUUGAUAGAAGAACGACUCGUCUGGAACGGUUCGAAGGGAUUUGCUAUGCUAGUCCAACAACUUAUGAAGACAUAAGAGAUGAACUCAUGGAAGCGAGCGUUAAAAACAUUUUGAGUGAUUUGGAGUUUUUAGAGGAGUGGAAUGUCGUUUUGGAGAAGAGAGAAAAGCGAUACGGUCUUAAGGUUUGGGGAGAAAAAAACGGCAUUCGAAAAUCGGAGAAAAAUUAUGCAUUCUUUCUUUCCGACAUGUUCACGGAGCAGUUUUCGGCUCCACAGACGAUCAUCAAUCUGUCGGGAAGUGCCACAUGUAUCGAGUCGUCUGAUCAUCCGAUUGAUGUGGAGGAGUUGGAUACACUUACUGCCAUUAAUAUUGAGAAAGAUUAUAAGCUCCCCGACUCCGCCCACAAAUUGUGUAGUUUUCUUCUUCCAGACGUGGUCACCGCCGCUCCAAUCGGUUCGAUGACUGGAUUCGUUGAGGAAUACAAACGUGGACAACAGAACAAGGGAUGCUGGCUGACAAACUAUGUGUGCGGUGGACCCGAGAAGCCACUCGAGAAGCAAUCGAUAAGAUCUCGUCGUUCUGCGUCGAGAAGUGGCGGAUCUGCAAAGAGUUGUCGUACUCAGGCAUCACGCAAGAAGAGCAAAGAAGUCAAUGUGUGUCUCGAGGCGACUCCGUGUGGUGGCUCCACGAUUCAGACAUAG